UCGGUGGCGGCAGCCAAGGCGAGGGAGACAGUCCAGGAAGGUUCUGAGAAGUUAUUCAAGAAACUCUCCAGGUUCCUGAGUCUGCCAGGUGUGCUCAGUAACCGUGUCAUCACCGUGGUCACCGUAAUUGUUUGCUUGGACAACUUCGCUGCCUCGUUGGUGUUCGACGGACUUAACCUGAGCGGUGACAAUUACAGUGCCGAUCCCUUCCUCUACAUCGUGCUGGGGGGACUGAUGGAGGUGCCAGGGUACACUAUCAAUGGCCCAAUCAUCGACCGCUGGGGCAGGAGAGUGCCCACUGCCCUUAGUUUCAUUAUCUGUGGCAUCCUCCUCCUAACACUUACCUUCAUUCCUUCUGGCUUGUCUUGGCUGGUGGUGACUCUAGCCCUGGCUGGCAAGGUGUGUAUCAGCGGAGCCUUCCAAAUCAUCUACGUCUACAGCUCAGAACUCUUCCCUACAGAGGUCCGACUCCAAGGCCUAGGAGCCGCUUCUGUCUUCGGCCAACUUGGUUCUGUCAUCCUGCCAUACAUCACCACCUACCUGGUCAGUUUC